AUGCAUUAUUCAUUGGCCAGAGCCGGGCUGGAGGCGCGGGUGCUGAUGUCAGGCGGGCGCGAGUGCGGCGGGCGCAGCGGCGGCGACCGCCCAGCAGCCCCGGCUCGGGUGGGGGGGCGCCAAGUGGGGGUGGCGGCCAGCAUGCUGCUCGGCUGCGGCUCGGCCUCCCACACCCGCGGCGCCCUCGUCCUAGCCAGCAGCGGCGGCGGCGGCGGCGGAGCAGGGAGCGGCGCCCGCGUCUGCAGCGGCACAGGGUCCGGGCGCGUGGCGCGGCGGCGGGGACCGGGGCGGGGACCCGGCACCCGGCAUGGCGCUGCGGAGGGGCGGCGGCGGGGCGCUGGGGCUGCUGCUACUGCUGCUGAGCGCCGCGUGCCUGAUCCCGCGGAGCGCGCAGGUGAGGCGGCUGGCGCGCUGCCCCGCCACUUGCAGCUGUACCAAGGAGUCUAUCAUCUGCGUGGGCUCAUCCUGGGUGCCCAGGAUCGUGCCGGGCGACAUCAGCUCCCUGUGAGUGGGACCCCUCCUACCCCUACCCCGCCCCGCCCAGCGCCCACCACCGCCAGGGAGUUGUUUUUGGCGCUAGGUCCGCGCGACCCUGAUCCACUCCUCAAUCCCUUCUUUUCGUUUGGAUUGCUGAAUUCUAACUCAUUCACGGUCAUCCGGGAUGAUGCUUUCGCUGGACUUUUCCAUCUCGAAUACCUGUUCAUUGAAGGGAACAAAAUUGAAACCAUUUCAAGAAAUGCCUUCCGUGGUCUCCGUGACCUGACUCACCUUUCUUUGGCCAAUAACCACAUCAAAGCCCUCCCAAGGGAUGUCUUCAGUGAUUUAGACUCUCUGAUUGAACUAGAUUUAAGAGGCAAUAAAUUCGAGUGUGACUGCAAAGCCAAGUGGUUGUAUCUGUGGUUGAAGAUGACAAAUUCCACUGUUUCUGAUGUCCUGUGUAUUGGUCCACCAGAAUAUCAGGAAAAAAAGCUGAAUGAUGUGACCAGCUUUGACUAUGAAUGCACAACUACAGAUUUUGUUGUUCAUCAGACUUUGCCCUACCAGUCGGUUUCGGUGGACACGUUCAGCUCCAAGAACGAUGUGUAUGUGGCCAUCGCUCAGCCCAGCAUGGAGAACUGCAUGGUGCUGGAGUGGGACCACAUCGAGAUGAAUUUCCGGAGCUAUGACAAUAUUACAGGUCAGUCCAUUGUGGGCUGCAAGGCUAUCCUCAUCGAUGACCAGGUCUUCGUGGUGGUGGCCCAGCUCUUCGGUGGCUCUCACAUUUACAAGUAUGACGAGAGCUGGACCAAGUUUGUCAAAUUCCAAGACAUAGAAGUGUCUCGAAUUUCCAAGCCCAAUGACAUCGAGCUGUUUCAGAUUGACGACGAGAAGUUCUUUGUCAUCGCAGACAGCUCCAAAGCUGGCCUGUCGACCGUUUACAAAUGGAACAGUAAGGGAUUCUACUCGUACCAGUCUCUGCACGAGUGGUUCAGGGACACGGAUGCAGAGUUUGUUGAUAUUGACGGGAAAUCUCACCUGAUCUUGUCCAGCCGCUCCCAGGUCCCCAUCAUCCUCCAGUGGAAUAAAAGCUCUAAGAAGUUUGUCCCCCACAGCGAUAUCCCUAAUAUGGAGGACGUGCUGGCCGUGAAGAGCUUCAGGAUGCAGAGCAGCCUCUACCUGUCCCUCACGCGCUUCAUUGGGGACUCCAGGGUCAUGAGGUGGAAUAAUAAGCAGUUUGUGGAGGUCCAGGCUCUGCCAUCCCGGGGGGCCAUGACCCUGCAGCCCUUUUCCUUUAAAGAUAAUCACUACCUGGCCCUGGGGAGUGACUACACGUUCUCCCAGAUAUACCAGUGGGAUAAAGAGAAGCAGCUUUUUGUAAAGUUUAAGGAGAUCUAUGUACAGGCUCCGCGUUCCUUCACAGCUGUCUCCACUGACAGGAGAGAUUUCUUUUUCGCCUCCAGUUUCAAAGGAAAAACAAAGAUUUUUGAACAUAUCAUUGUUGACUUAAGUUUGUGAAGGUGGGAUUGGUGAAUUUCAAAGACAAGUAGCAUUAAUUAGCUCUUGAGAGAGAGAAGACCAAGGGAUGGGGUAGGGGGCAGAAAGCCAUGUUCAGAACUUGCAAGUUAAAAAUGUCUGGGGGGAAAUAGGUAGAAGUUUUCAAACUUUUAGAACUCACAUUUUAAUCAGGGAUUGCAUUUAUUGGCUAACUGCAUGACAUGUCCAUUUUACCAUUUAAAACACAUCUUAAAGCCUGUAAUUAUUGAGAAAAAGAGUUCAGCAUUAGCUCUUACCAUCUAGGAAGGUAAUGUUCUUUUUUUUUUUUUUUUCUCUCUCGCUCUUUUUAAUGAGGAAGGAGAAAAUUGGAUAAGCUGGGACAACUCUUCUAAUGAAAUCGAAACAAACAAACAAACCAAAAAAAAAAAAAACAAAACACCCAGCGUUGGGCCCUUGUCAUUCCAUUUUAGCAAUCUUUUUGCUAAGAACCCUUAAAGCCAAAGUCAGCGGAGAAGAUUUGCUGAUGAUUAGUUUAAAAUCUUAUAACACUCAGCGAUGCUAUUUUGAGCCAUCCCGGUUUCCUGAAAGGAAUACCCGGCCUUCCUGAAUCCUCCUUAAUAGCAAAGGCUUGACUAUUUCAUUGACUCAUGUGGAUACUCGUCCUGGGUGGGUUCACAGCUUAGUAUUUGAAAUUUCUCCCUCUGCCACAAAGACAAUGAUCUGGUGACAUGUACAACAUGGGCUGUAGGCUCUGGAGUGUGGCAAAGGAGCUUUUCCCUCUCGUGGUUCAGAGCCCACCCCCA